CUUGAAUCACUUUCAGUCAAAUUCGAUAAUACAUAAAGAAAUGUUGGCCAUACUAGCUGCCGUGACUGAUGUAAUUAAACAGAAUGGCGGCACAGAAUCAUCCACAGAAUAUUAUGCAGCUUUAAUGACGACUCUAGAAUCAGCGGAAUCGGAAGAAUCUGUAGCUGCCAUAUUAUCUCUGCUGGGGAUGAUUUUGAAAACAGUUCCGACAAACGUGCUAAAAUUGCAGUUCAGUCAAGCAUCUCAUAUUUUCCUACAAGUUCUGACAAAAUACGCGAUUACCGAUAAUUUUCUUAUCCAACGCCACUGCAUUGGAUGCUUGUCGAUUUUACUUCGAGGACAGGAAGCUGCAGUUUGGUCAGAUACGUCAACUUUGCAAGUUUUAGAUGCUUUAUUAGCAUUCACGAUUCAUGCGAAACCGAAAGUUAGGAAAGCAGCUCAACACGGAGUGUGCGCUAUCCUAAAAGGAAGCGACAUAAUGAAAGGAGAAAAUCCACCGCCCUAUCACCCCGCAGCUCCACAAGUAGCUAAGCACUGUUUAUCGCAAUUGGAAACAGCUGGACAGCCUGGACACAGGACAAGCACUCUUCAUAUUAUCACUUUACUCAAAGAAAUUAUUCACCAAAUACCAAAAUCUUCUGUAAAGAGCAUUUGCGAAGGACUUUUGAGUAUCAUGACUCUAAAUGACACCGGUGUAACGACCUCUUGUUUUGAGACUUUCCGGGCAUUGUUCAUUUCAAAACCCAACGAAGCUGUCUUGCCAUCGAAAUUAAAUGCCCAAAUUAUUAACGCUCUUUAUGAUUAUCAACCAGCUCCUGGAGACACGAAACCGACUACUUCCUGGCUCACAGUUAUGCAGGAAGCUUGUGUUAAUCUCGCCUUGCAGUCACUGGAUCUUUGUGCUGCUAAUGUACCUCGGUUCAUCGAAAAGUGCACUAAGCUUUGGCUCUCGGAAAAUUCAGACGUUUUAACUGGAGCUUCACAUGCGAUUAAACACGUUUUGCAAGAAUGUCUUCAGCCCAUGUGUGAAAAUGAACAAAUCGCAAAAAGGUAUAAAGUGACAUUGACAAAAACAAUUCACUUAAUCCAAGAAGGAAUGUCGUAUCAGUACAACGGAGCUUGGUAUCACGUUCUUCAUUUAUUAUCCAUAUUAUUUCAAAUAAUCGGAUUAAACUGCAAGCAAGAAUUGGUGGAAAUACUGUCCGCUUUGGCCGAUCUACGAGACUCGCAUAAAUUUAUUUAUAAUAAAGAAAUUGAAUUUGCAGUCGGUGCUGCUGUUAAAUCGAUGGGGCCGGAAAUUGUACUCAAAACGAUUCCUCUCCAAGGCGUGAACAGAAGUUGGCUCUUGCCAGUUUUGAAAGAUUGUAUAUCUCACGCUUCUUUAGCAUUUUUUAUUAAAUCCAUCUUGCCUUUAGCUAUUCAAUGCGAAGAGAAAUCAAAGGCUUUGAAGGAGAGUAAAGAUGGAGUCGGAGCUCACAGUUAUGAGCUGAUGAGGUGCCAGAUGUGGGCACUUUUGCCCAGUUUUUGCAGCAAUCCCCCGGACAUAAAAGAGAGCUUCGAGCCGAAUUUCGCAAAAAUUCUUGGAGAUUUGAUUAGAAGUGAUAAAAACCUCAGGCUCUCCGUGAUGGGUGCCUUGCGAAGAUUAAUUAAUCACUCGGUGGAAAAUAAUAAUAAAGAAGAUAUUGAAACACUUGGAAAAUUUUCGAAAAAUUAUUUGCCGAUACUUUUCAAUCUUUAUUCGACGAAACCUCACGGUUCAGACGAAGAGGGACAGCGACAAGCCGCUUUUGAAACUAUCAAGCUUUACUUAUCGAUUACAAGUGAAGAUUUUCUCACUACUUUUUUCAAAAAAGCCAUGACUAAAAUACAAGAGGAAACCACUGAUGAAUUUGAAAAGGAAAGUAUUUUCGAUCUCCUCCGAUUAUUUGCACAGUUUACAGACAUCGGAAAUUUGAAAACUGUCUAUGAAUUUUGUGUGCCGCUAAUAAUGUCAAAGGAAAAUCAAAAGGAACAAAAGAAGGCUUACAGAUUUCUCGAAGACAUUUGUGGCAGCGAGACUGACGUUUGUAAACAAUUCCUUCUCGAAAAUCGUCGAGCAAUUCAGAGUUUGCUGAGAAAAGCCGGGCCUUUUGUACAGAAAGUUAGCAAAGGGGCGCGAAUUCGUUGUAUCAUUUCCCUUGUCGAGAGUCACCCGCAGCUUGAAAAGACGAAAUUUUUGCAAUCGAUCGUCCCCGAAGCAGUCAUGUGCUUGAAAGAAUUGAACGAGAAGUGUAGAACCUCUUCUUACCAAUUGUUAAACGUCAUCGCCGAGAAGUUCCUGAGCCAUGAGCAAAAUUUCAAGGAAUACGUGGAGUUAGUUGUCGCGGGACUUGCAGGCGUUCCGAUCUUUUGUAGUGCAACUUUACUUGCACUUUCUUCAAUCCUCUUUAAUUAUAAUGGAUCUCUGGGAAUGCAGACUGUUAAGGAAAUAUUGAACCACGCCUGCAAUCUCCUGACAGGACCGACGAGGGAAAUUACUUUGUCGUGUUUAGCUUUCGUGAAAGUGUAUCUGACAGUCAUGCCGACUCCAAUUAUCGGUCCAACUUUAUCUACAAUCAUGCAAGCUUUGUCAAAUAUGACGGACGACUGUAAGAGACACUUCAGACAAAAAGUGCGAGACAUCCUCGUGAAAAUGGCCCGGAAAUUUGGCAUAGAAACGAUCACAGCCAUGGUGCCAAGAUCAGAUGAGAAUAUGCACAAGAGACUGAAAAAUAUUCGCAAGAUUGAAGCGAGGAAGCAGAAGGCCAAGGAGGAGGUGAAGAAUAAAGAGGAGGAUAGUGACGAGGAAUUCAAUCUUAAGCGAAUGCCAAAGAGUAUCGAUGAAAUUUUGGCGGACAGUGAUGACGAAUUUGAAGAUGUAGAAAUGAAGGAUGCGGGUAGAAAUCCAAAACAACCGCGAAGAAAGACUUGGAUCCAGGAAUCUGAAGACAACAUUGUCGAUUUUGCUGAUCCCACCGUCUCGAAAAGCAUUUAUGCUACGAAGCCGGGAACUUCUGGUGCGAAUCCAGUCAAGGAGAAGUCUAAGGACAUUGCUUUCAAAACUGCUCCCGAUGGCAGGUUGAUCAUUACUGAUGAUAAAGACGAUGAAAGUGAUGAUGGCGACGAAGGAAAGAAGAAGAAGAAAAAGUUAUCAUUCUUGGGCACGGAUGAAGACGAUUACGAAGUCGAUGAAGAUGACACAAAGUCAGUCAAGUCAACAAAAUCGACAAAGAAGAGAAAGCACAGCGAAAGUGGAAGCCUUUACUCUGAAGCGGUUUCUGCUUCAUCCAAGUACAGAGCUGGAGGUUCUGGAAUACAUCGACCGGUGAAAACAACGAAAACGGAAAAGGAUACCGGUGCUGAAUAUCGAGGAAAGAAAGCCCAGGGAGACAUAAAACGGAAAGGAAAACACGAUCCUUAUGCUUAUGUACCUCUGAGCAGAUCUUCUCUAAAUAAGAGGAAAAAGAUGAAGAACGCUGGAAAAUUCAAGAAUAUUAUCUCCGGAGCUAAGAAGGGUGCCCAGUUGGGAAGAAAAAACCAGAAAAGAAAACGCGAGUCAACUAGAAAUUAGUCCUGUUAAACACUAGAUUCUAAGAUAAUUAAUUAUUGUUUAAUAUCUUGAGAAACAGCGGUUCUGACUGGUUUCUUAAAUAAAUUGAUAAUCGAGUUA